CAUCACUGAACAACCGGAUAGCAGUGAGCUUUUUAAAACGACCCAUUCUUUCACAAAUAUUUAAGGCAAACUACAUGGCUCAGGGCCUGACUCUAUAGGAAACGCCUGUGCCAAUGGGACUGAUAACAAUAAAUCUAAAGAUGAACAGGUGUAGAUCGAUACUUUUGAACAUUAAUGUAUGUCCUACUAAUGUAACCCUUGGAAGUAAAUAAAAAACUAUUACCGUGAUAUGCUUCGUGUGUUUUAAAAAAAUUCGUUCAUUUUUUUCGGAUAUUCUGCACAUCAGCAACUGCUCGAUCCACACUAUACUUACAGUUGACCGCGCUAAUCGUAACAAUAAUAAGGAUUAGGAUUAUAAGGAUGGUCAAUUUUGACACAUUGCUCCUUUAAAUGUGAGACCACCUGCUCCUCUGGCGUCAGCAUCAUCCGCAGGCGGCACGGUGGGGAUCGAUCGGCAGUGAAAUGUUCAAAGUGGGAUAUUUUUGGAAAACCUCAGCAGGCACCGGAGGAGAGACACCGUCACCGAGCUGACUGGCUCGACCAGAGACAAGUAUACAACCCGGUAAUAGUCAAGGGACUCGAGACACAACUGAAGCCACACAUCUUUUUUCAUCAAAGAUAUCCUGAGAGGUAUUCCAAUGGAAUCUCAAGUGCUGGAGGACAGCUUUACCUCUGAACCACGGGCAUAGCCAGAAAUGUUCAUCUUUUCUGGUCUCAUAUCCCUGAAUAAUCGCUGCUAUGGCUUUUUGUAAUGAAAGCUUCAUGGAGGAGUGUAACUGCAUGGACCCGAACAGCGUAGAGGAAACGUCAGAAAGCCUCCCUUCAGAAGCUACGACUCCUCUCAUAUCAGUCACUCUCCGUGUGACCCUGGCAGCCAUAAUGAUCUUUAUGAUUACUAUCGGUUUCCUCGGCAAUGCGAUCGUGUGUCUGAUUGUUUACCAGAAACCUGCCAUGCGUUCUGCUAUCAAUCUCCUGCUUGCCACUCUGGCCUUUUCAGACAUCAUGCUCUCUGUGCUCUGCAUGCCCUUCACUGCAGUCACCGUGGCCACUGCAGACUGGAGCUUUGGGAGCGGUUUCUGCCGCGCCUCCAUCAUGCUGUACUGGCUGUUCGUCCUGGAGGGGGUGUCCAUCCUCCUCAUUAUCAGUGUGGACCGUUUCCUGAUCAUUGUGCAGCGGCAGGACAAACUGACCCCGCACAGAGCUAAACUGUUGAUCGCAGGUUCUUGGGUGCUGAGCCUGUGUGUGUCCCUGCCGUCUGUGGUUGGGUGGAGGGCGGGUGCGGCAGGUAUCGGGGGCGCCUGGGCGCCACAGUGUGUGCUGGGAUACAGCGAGUCCCUGGCAGACCGUGGAUACACAGUACUGUUGGCUGUAGCGGUUUUCUUUGUGCCAUUUACUGUCAUGCUGUACUCUUACAUGUGCAUCCUCAACACGGUGCGCCGCAACACCCUGCGCAUCCACAACCAUACCACCGAGCAUUCCUGUCUGCCAGCCCUAAACCAAGUCAGCAAAAUGAGACUUACCGGGCUGCAGCGGCCGCCUCAGGUCAAGGUGGAUAUGAGCUUCAAAACCCGAGCCUUCACCACCAUCCUCAUCCUCUUUGUUGGUUUCUCAGUGUGCUGGCUCCCUCACACCAUCGUCAGCCUGCUGGCCGUGUUCAGCCGGCAGUUCUACUACAGCUCAGUCUUCUACCCCAUCAGCAUAGGCGCUCUGUGGCUCAGCUACCUGAAGACAGUCUUCAACCCCGUCAUCUACUGCUGGAGGAUCAGGAAGUUCAGGGAGGCCUGUCAGGAGUUCAUUCCGAAAAGCUGCAGACUGUGUCCCAGAGUGCCGGGCAGGAGCCACAGAAGAGUGAGGCCCAGCAAUAUCUAUGUUUGCAGUGAGACACAGUCAGCUGUGUGACACAGGGACGAACCCCAGUGCAGUCUAUUGUUUUUAACUUUUUGAUAAGCAAUGGGAUGUUACUGAAGUUCCCUUUAAAGUAAUAAAGUUCUUGUGAACAAAAAAAUGUUACCACGAGAGCAAAUUGGUUUUAACUUUAUUGAAACUGGAGCAUUUACAGUCCCAUGACUCCCUCCUGUUGGGGAAGGUCAUGUGAAAAUCACAAUUGCUGACAACUGAACUGAUCUGGUGGUGACAAUCAUUUGUCUGCUGUUUUAAUAAAUAAAGUCAAAGUGUUCACUCAGCUUCAUGGCCACGUAAGCUUCUGAAACAUACUGACAUU